GAUCUCUUACGCAGUAGUGGAUAGGAUACCACCCUGUCUGGUGGAGCCUCCUCUUUAGUGUCUUGUACCAUACUGCUGCCAAGUCAGUCACAUCCUCUAGGAAGUCGCUCUGCUUUUGUAUUCCUUUUGGGGAACCAAACCUAGUGAUUGAUCACUCCACUAAGUCGGAGGUGCCGAAGCCGAUAUUCUUCUCUGCAUUUGGAUGUGGCUAUUCGGACAUAAAUACUCUUCGCCACCCCGCGAUUCUACAUUCCACAUAACACCCCUCAUUAAAUCCCAACGGUCUUUCAUUUUCUCAAUCUUUCUUUUACUUCUUCAUCCCUUAGCACAAUGAAGCUCUCGUCUCUCGCCCUACUGGUGUCCGCCGUUGCGGCCAACCCGAUUCUCCGCACUCGCGACGACUCGCCCAAGAACUUCCACCUCAAGACCGCCGGAGCUUCCAACUCGGCACACAACGACCUCUAUGUCUACGGUUACCACACUGGCGCGGGAUUGAACGACGCCGUCCUCACAUCGGAUGUGGGAACUGCAAGCCCGGCCUUCCUAAACGGCACGAACGUUCAAUUCGAUCUUGACACUCCCUUCCCUUGGGGAUUGUACAUGUUACCACAGAACAACUAUGGCGCAUGGGAGCCGGUCCAGAUCAACACGGGAUACGGUAGCAACGAUUUCUCCAUCGGCAAUGACGGCUUGCAGUGGUCGGAACCGCAGGGAUUCGGUGGUUGGUUGGUCUGCGACUGGUACCACAACGCGCCCCAGCUUUUCUACCUGUACAAGUACCUUCAGCCUACCAUUCCCUCCUCCUGCAGCAAGGUUCAAGUCGUUGUCGAGCCAAUUUCCUAAAGGGGAUAGUUUGCACGAGGUUUGCCACCUGUCAUGCCAUGGAUCACGAACAAUCUCGUGGUGAUUCAUACGGGGAUCGGAGGAAGCCACCCCGGUUCAAUUUUGUAUCAAUACCUGGGCACAAACAACAUGUAUAUGCGGGUUUAAUACUAAUAGCCAUUAUGAUUCUGUUGGGAUGAGGUUUGUUUCGAUUUGGUCUGGUCUUUUUUUCUCCUUUUUUUUUUGUCUCUUUUGAGUGUAUACUAUCACAGAGUGAUUGAUGAUAUUCGGUAUUUAAUGACCCUGAUGUUACAGAUAAAUAGAACCGAGAUAAGAAAAUUCAAACAAUUUCGCGUGCA